AUGCUCAUUCCUAGAGGCAGCGGCACGCAGCUCCGAAAGAGCGCAGCGGCAGUGGAGGUUGGUAGCCUCUGCCCGCUGGAGAAACGGAACCGGGAGUGUUCGGUGCCCAGCCCCGCUGCUUCGCUCGAGACGCCCCCUUUCGCCGCGCCCCCACCCCCUUCGGAGCCUUUCUUACCUUCUCCAGCAGCAGAGGCCCCACGGGCAAGCAAGGACUUGAUCCAGCGACUUGCAAAGCCCCCGGAGCGCACCGCGUCGCCAGCGGCCGAGCCGCGCGCCGAUCCGAGCUGGGGCUACUGUCACUGCCGCCCCCGACUCGCUUUGGGCCCCGCCGAGACGUUCCCAAGAGCGCACCCGCGGGCGCUCUCAAGCUCCUCCCCACCCCUUGCCUGGCGGAGCCCCCCGGGCGCCAGAAGGGUCCGGAUGCCCCGGCUGCGGGCUGUGCUGGGCGCGCGGGCCCGGAGUCGGGCCAGGACGCGGCGCGGACGCCUGUUCCGCCGGCUCGCCCGCUCAGCUCGCUCUGCCGGGGCCGCCGCCAACGCCGCGCCCGCAGCCGCCGCCGCCACCACCACCGCCUGCGCCCGCCGCUCCCUCUCCGGCCGCGCCGCCGCUCCGGUCCUCUCGCCUGCCCGGCUCUUCUCGCCUUUUUUCCCUUCCUGGGGGGUGGGGGGGAGCGGAGCGGAGCCGGGGGCGGGGCGGCGCGGGCAGAAGGAGGAGGAGGCCGAGGACGCGGAGAAGGAGGAGGAGAGAGGCCACAGACACCCACAUUUUGAUGUCUUUCCGGGGCCAGGGGUCUCCCCUGAAGGCAGCCAGAUACCAGAGACCACCUUGUCUUCCAUGGGCCCAAGGAAAGACACUGCCAUUGGGCUCUAUAGCUGGAUGGCAGGACCUAGCACAACUCAUGCAAAAAAGAGGAAGCCCAACCUCAGCCUUCAGGAGACUAAGGUGCUGGUGUCUAUAGUCAUCAAGCACCACCGGCUGCUGUCUGAGUCAGGGCUGCUGAAGGCUGAGCCCACCCACAGGUACCACAUGAGGAGCCAGAUCCUACAGUUGCUGAAUGCACUGGGCUACUGUCACCAAGAUGUGGUGGAUCCGAAGCACAAGUGGGUAGACUUGUGUGCUGUUGUGUGGAACAAGCUGGGUCAACUCCAGAAGGUGCCUGUUAGCCCAGGCUCUGCUCAGCUCUGGCUCACACCCAUGGAGUGGUCAGUAGCUAGGAUGUUCCUGUGCCAGGCCCUGCUCCCUGAGGGUUUCUACCUGGAGGUGCCCAUAGGCACUCCCUGGGAUCCUUGCUCCCUUGAAGAGCUGUGCCAGGUCACAGUGGCCAAUGUCUUUCAAAUCAACUCCCAUGUGACAUCCUUGGAACAGAGUCUCCGGUCCUUGGGGGAACUAAGUAACACACAGGAGCUUCAGGACAGGCUGUAUGACACCAAGAAAACUGCUGCCACCAGCUCCAGUGCCAUGAAGCAGGUGUCAGAGCUGUGGGGCUUCUGCCUGCAGGAGCACCGUCAGCUGCACUGGCUGAAAACCCAACUCUCAGAUGCUAUUCACCAUGGAGUGGUGCAGAGGAGGAUUGCAGAAAGGUCCAAAGCACUGCUUUCCAGCAUGCAGCAGGGCAGUAAGCAGGCCUGGCUGAUCGUCAGAAGAAACUUUAGUGGAAAUGAUAGCGAGUGGCAAGCAGAGCAGGUGCUGCUUCUAUGCUUGACUAACGAGGACCUGGAAGCCAGCUGACUGCACAGGGAGUCCAUCCUGCAGAUGAUGGUGCGAAUUGCAUGUGUUGACUCUCAACUUUCCGCUAUGGGGACUGCCAAGAACUCCAGGGCUCAAGGUGCCAGCCUGUUGUAG